AGAGGAUGUAUGUAGGAUUGCCACGACGACAAGGCAAACUUUUUUUGUCGACUAUGCUCGAUCAUCGUAGUUCAAGUUCUCUUUGAGUAAGGGUUGUACUAAUACUAAAUGAGAAUAACGGUCAACAAGAUCAUUUUUGCGAUACCACCAAGCCGAAGAGAAAUAUAUUAGCAUUAGGGCUGCUGGAAAACUAACAGAACCGAUUGAAAUUUUGAUCAACACCUGUGCUGCCUUACUCUCAUUUAUUACGACGAAUCUUCAUGAUUGAUCGCCUAGGCCUUAGUCUUAGUGGCAUAGCUAGAAGAUAACCACAAACAUAGUCAUUUUGUUCUCGUUGUAACAGAUCGCGUUUUUCGCGUUCACUGGGGAAACGCGGUGGAGACUCCGCGCCCAUUUCGCGAGCAAAACUACAUAACUGAAUACGAAGAAACCAAACUGAAAGUUUAUCGAAAGCGCAACUACUACCGCUACCGAUAUAUUCAAAUUUUUGAGGGUCGAAAAAAACAGCUGCUCAGGAUCCAAAAAAAAAGCUUCUCAGGGUUGCCGGAAUCCCGACGCCAGGCUGCGGAUCCGACCCUGCCGAAAGCCUGAAGACCGCACUGCUUCAUCAUCGUCGUAGCUAAUAAGAGCACACGACUUCGUCUUCAACAUCUUCGUGAGUUGUAAUUUGCAACUAGCACAUUAGCCACAAGCGCAGACAUGCGUGAUGAAUGCAAGGGCUUUGAAGAUUCCAGCGCGCUGCUUCUGGUGGUGCAUCGCAAGUAGUUUGAUUGUUUGCGAUGCACCACCAGCGACAAGAGGGGCUGACCACAGCAGUUUGUGGCUCAACAUAGCUGAACUAUGUUGAGCAGCCGCAGUUUGCUGCGGUCAACCUCUUUUUUCUCUUUUGUGUUUUUGCAUCGCACGCAUGCGCUUGCCUUGGUGUUGAAGUUUUAUCCAGAGCAUUAGCGCUGUCUACCAGUAGCGUUGUUGCCUGCGCUACUAACUUGCAAGCCUUCCACCAAAGCCGCGAGGUCGGCGAGGUGCCCGAUAUCGUCCGCGGACACAGCUAGUCUCCCCUCUAGUAUCAGCGUGAUCAGUGCUUUCUCGUGGAUGACCCACUCCGCGGGCUUCGCGGCUCCGAACCAACGCGCGGCGACGACACUGGUCGGCCGGGAGCCUAGUGCGUGUUUACUUUUGCAGUUCGUUGUAGAAGAAGACGCUGGGCCGCCCUGUGGUGCUUCUUGUGUUGCUCGCCGGACCUAGUGUCGCGGGGCCAGCGGCUUCCCUUGCUGGGGAGAUGCGCCGGAUUCAUUUUCGCCCGACAAAGUCCAGGGCGGGGGGCCCGCAAAGGCUGGAGAGGUGUCGCGUUGGCUGCUAGCUUAGUUCAUCUGGUAGCGACCCAUCACCCCGGCCGAAACAAUCGCGAGCCCGAAGGAACCGACAGAAAAAAGUGCAGCGCCAUCAUGUUUGUGCGUGAUUCUGAUGAUAUAUAUACGCAUCAUCGCCGUCAUAUUUGUGCACGAAUCUGAUGAGUAUACUCGCAAGAUAGUAAGUAUAUUAAUAUACUCCGGCCGUCUGACCAGGCUCGGGCCCGAGCCUCGCCACUUUUCUUGAAUUUAUUCACUUUUUGUUGGUUUUUUUGUCGACUUCUGGCCCGGUAGUAAAAUCGCCAAAAUCGUCCACACCAUGCGGGUAAUCUUUCUACUCCCGACAUUUUCAACGAGUGCGAAUAUUACAAAAAUACUCAAAAAGUAAUUAACUUAGUGCAUUUGUUUCCAAGAUAAUAAAUAUACUCGCAAGGAGUAUUUUUUUGAUCACGAAAGCGAUCACUUUUUGCCAUGGUUUUGGUCGGUAGUAGAAAGAGAACCACCAUGGUGCUGCUGAUUUUUGCGAAUUUGCUACCGAUUCAGAAAGCCAAGAGAAAUACUUCAGAAAUUACAACAAAUGCCGAAAUUUUUGGAAAUAAUAAAGAUGUAUUAUUUUUGAAUAUUUUCCUUUAUGGCGCGCGUCGGUAGUAGAAACAUAACCCGCAUGGUGUUGGCGAUUUUGGCGAUUUUACUACCGAGCCCAAAACCACAGCCAAGGUGUGUGACCUUGGUGGUUUUUUGUUCAAAACUGUCGCGAGGCUCGUGCACGAGCCUCGCACGAGCCUCGCGAAAUAUUUCGUAAUAUUUCUGUCGAAUUUAAUUCGACCACUUUGCGAGCUCGGGCGAGAGCUUUGUCGGAUGUGAUGGAUUACUUUUCGAGUUCGGGCGAGAGCUUUGCCGGGUAUUAUUCGACUACUUUUCGAGUUCGGACGGGAGCCAAAAGGACAUACGUCGCGAAGCGGUUUGCUUACUUUUUAAGCCUCGGCGAGAGCCGGAGCAAGCAAGCCCCGGCCGAAUAGCCGGCCCAAAAGGUCGGCCCGGAAGCGCCUCUACGUCCGUGGCGACGCGGCCGGCCGAUGAAGAAAUGUAUGAGGGGGCCGGCGUGCCGCGGGGGGGUUGGGUCCCGUCCCCACCCGGGCCGCCACGCCAUCUGUCAGUCCUCCUGCUCGUCCUAAUCUUCUUGCCCAGGGCCAGAAGACCAGGGCCGCGACGAGCAAAAACUUGUGCCACGGAUGGCACUACUAGUGUAGAAGCCCCGUGGCCAUGCAACAAAAUAGAAAUAGAGCUGUGUUGUUCUUCAGCGCCUUCGUCCGCGAAGCUUUUCCGGUUUUCAGCUCGACGGCUUCGCUGUGGUCGGAAAGCUGGCGCAGCUCGAUCUUCCGGGUCAGCCGCUUCCCAGCGGCGUCGUAGUCGUACCCUCCGCGGAGGCUGGCCCGUGCCGUCCUUCCUCCACAAAAUCCCCUCCGUCUCUUCCGCAACUCCCGCAGUUUUUUUUCUUUGUUUGGGUGUGAUAUGCUGCGAAAAGGCUUCUGCAUGAUGGCGCACACUGCUGCGACUAGUACGGCUUUGUGCUACCAGCGCAAGCACUAGUAGCAGCAGUGUGCACCAUGACGAGAGCUCUUAUUUUUUGCAGAUCAUGCUAUUGCUCAGCCUGUAUCCUCUGAAAAAUCGCCCCCAAAUGCCCCCAAGUCCCGCUUUUUUUUUUAGGUUGUACUACUACUAGCUAUUCACGACGAGACGAAGCAGUGCGGUCAGGCUUUCGGCAGGGUCGGAUCCGCAGCCUGACGUCAGGACUCCGGCAACCCUGAGAGGCUUUUUUUUCCGAUCCUCAGAAGCUCUUUUUUUCGACCCUCAAAAAUUGCAAUAUUCCGGUAGCGGUAGUAGUUGCGCUUUCGAUAAAGUUGUCCAGCAGCAGGGUUAACCUCGGAGAAGCAAAGCCGGCGUGGCUUCAUCGCAGGCGACAUCGAUCCUGCUACCAUACCAAAGGUGUCGUCGACGUGAUUGAUGUACGUGGUAGGAUCACCAGCUGCAAAGAACAAUAGAAGCACGCUCGUAGGCGGAGCCGCGUGCAGAAAUUGAUCGUCUUUGAAAAAAGCAAAAAGCAACGACCAGAACUACCUCGUCUCUCACCAGGGAGCUACCUUUGGCAGAUGCAUUUUUUGUGAAAGACCCACCUAUAAAAGAUCACGACAACAGGCCGAAAGAGACAGCAGAAAGUUUAGCGCGCUGGAUAUUGUGAAUGUGAGAAUAUUUUUCGUACAUGUGGUCAUUUGGCUAGAGACGUUUUUAGAAAUUCACAGGAAUUUUCAGAAUGUCAGUAUCACGAGAAUAUUGAAAAAGUAGAGUAAGAUACGCAUAUUUCUGCUUAUAGUGACACACCGCAACUAUUUUUGUUUCUACGCUCGCACGUCAAGACAUGAUAAAUAUCGUGUUGACAACAACACCAGCAAGCAGUGAAGACUUCAUCUGGGCGGGGCUGCUUGUCUCAUCAAAGGUCAAGCAGUCUCUUCUUGGAGCCUGUCAGUGGUCUCUUCAGCACGGCCUUCUGGCGUUUCUGUCGUGAUCGACCACGAAGAUACACACUUACUCCAUUCCUUCAUUCCUGUGAAAGGCAUUUCCCGUGCGUGAAAACAAGCGGACGGGCAUCUUGAAGAUGAUAAAAAAGAUCCCCGUGGACAAAAAUAUCGUGAAAUAAGCCAGCCACCAAAAUGUCGCAGUGCUCUUUCAUCC